AUGAUUAUGCGCAGUCGAUGGCACUUUGCCAAUUCGGCGAAACUAAAAAUCGGAGUGACGUGAGGGAAUAUGGGAUUCCCACUGACUCAUUUCUAAUUGAAAUGUUUCGGUAUUUUUCUACACAGUUUUAGAGUUGAAAGUAAAAGGAAACGAGGAAUAGAAGACGAUGUCCAGCACUGAUGGACCAGGACAUAUCCUUGAAAAUGUUAAAGUAUGGACACAUUGUCGUAUCACAAAAACAUGGACAUCCGAACUGAGUUUGAUUUAUCGUGAAAAUACAUUUUUCACACAUGGAGGGAUGCGUCUUGCCUAUAGGGCCUGGCACGUAAACUCGGGUGAUUGGGCGGAAAACCCGAUGGUACUGAAAGUGGAAAUAGAAAAUGGAGGUAGGACCAUGGAGAACGCGCAGUAUGAUGUUUUGACGCAAUCUAAGUGCAUCAAUUAUGCAAUCAAAUACAACAACAAUAAUGCAGUCCCAAAACAGGUGACCUAUGUGGAAAGCCAAAUGGUGGAGUUCCUGUACGGUGAUUUCGAGGGUCAGUUUGGUACUUUAGAAAGGUUCUUGGAGGGUAACUAUUUUAAACACAAUAAUGCAGAUCCUCUUCGUAAUGGUUAUGCUAUUACCCCCAGGAACACCCCACAAGCGUUCACACAUUUCACGUUUGAAGAUUCCGGGAGACGCGAGAUGGUCGUUGAUAUACAGGGUGUGGGGGAUGUCUACACCGACCCACAGAUAUUUACGAUGCAUGGAGAGGGCGACGGUAGAGCCGACUGGGGCCCAGUUGGAAUCGCUGGCUUCUUCCUCAACCACAAGUGCAAUGCCAUAUGUCGGGCAUUGAAACUUGCUCCUAUAAACCCAACAGAUUAUGACAUUGGGACACAGCCAGUUAACGUUCGAACCCAACCUCUUCAACAAUAUGGAUACUAAUUUACUUCAAUAAGUUCAACAAGGACAUACAUUAUAGUAUUUCACAGAAUAUGGGACCUGUAAAAACAUGGACUUGUAAUACAGUAGC